UUGUGUUGCAGUCGGAGUUAUAUAGAGCGGACACCCUAACAGUACUGGAAAAAAUAUCAGAUUUGCUUUUACUUAAAAAUCAGUACUAAUACUUUACUUUUCCACAUACAGUGGUUACUAUAGGCCGCGUUAUGUGUUGAGAACCGUGUUGUCAGUCACGCUCACGCGGAGUUUACAGCCUUUUUUCGGAAAAGCUUUAGGGUAUUUUUUAGCUAGGGAGCUAAAGUUAGCAGCUUAUCGUUAACACAGCUGUAUGUGUUUGUGUUCGCUGCCAUCAGCUGCACGGUAAAGUAGCUAACAGAAACCCGACAUGACACCAGUCAUUCUGUCUUUGGCUCGUUAGCUUGUUUGUUAGAGGUUCCCCGCUGACCGUCGGGCUCAAACAGGAAACUUUCGCAAUCGAGGAAAUAUAACAAUGGGACAGGACGGGGCGAAGAUCGUUGCCAAUGGGUGUUGACGCUGGUUUGUCGGUGAAGUCAUGCCUAACGUGGUGUGUGUGUUGCUCAAGAGUGUCCUGGUGGUGGUGUAGUGGCGAACCAAACCAGUUCCCCCCACACGCCCGUUAGUUCAACAGCAGGAUGCCUGGAAUGGUGGCGUUUGGCCGGCGGUGGGGCAUCGCCAGCGAUGACCUGGUCUUCCCCGGCUCAUUUGAGCUGUUCCUACGUGUGAUUUGGUGGAUCGGAACGGCGACCCUGUUCUUCUAUCACCAGGGUCAUCUGGACUGUAACGGGAGAGGGGUGCUGAACAGCUACCUGAUUGGCCUGCUGGUUGUGUUGGCCCUCAUCAUCCUCUCGCUAUGUGCCAUUGUGUACGUUAGUGCCCAAGGCACCAUUACUAACCCAGGCGCACGGCGCUCCAUGCCCGCUCUGGUCUACCUGCGAGCUAUGCUCUAUAUCCCUGAGCUGGUGUGGGCCUGUCUGGGAGCCAUCUGGGUGUCCGAUGACAGUCGAGGUUGUGACCCAGCAACAGUGGGCUCAGUCAUUGCUGCUGUGGUCACCAGCUGGAUCAUCUUGCUGUUGACGGGGCUGGGUGUGGUCUUUGUGUUCGACCCCCUGGGAAACCCCCGUUCUCAGCAUGGCCCCAUGGAGCCACUGGGGGUGCGAGACCUGGAGAGCAGCGGGGGCACCCAGUUCCUGUCCACAGCUCGCUCCCUGGCUGUAAAGGUGUGGGAGAGCCGACUGCGCCUCCUGUGCUGCUGUCUGCCUCAGGACGAGAGCCACAGAGCAGCGUUCUCCAGCAUCUCGCAGCUCUUCAGUGACUUCUUCUCUGACACCGACCUGGUUCCCAGUGACAUCGCUGCAGGUCUGGCUCUGCUGCACCAGGAGCAGGACAAGAUGGAGCGCAGCAGAGACCCAGAGGCGCUGGUCUCUCACAGCCCUUCCUCUCCUGUUGAGCACGACUUGCAGGUGGAGUUGGAGAACGCAGCCCACUGCAUGCGGUUUGCUGCAUCGGCCUACGGCUGGCCGUUGUAUGUUUUCUCCAACCCUCUCACUGGACCCUGCAGACUCGGCGGAGACUGCUGCAGAACUGGAGCUGCUGACUAUGACAUCAUCGGAGGGGACCACCUUGGUUGCCAUUUCUCCUCCAUCCUGCAAACCACUGGACUGCAGUACAGAGACUUCAUUCAUGUCAGCUUCCACAACCAGAUCUACCAGAUCCCUUUUUUUGUGGCGCUGGAUCAUCAAAAGGAGGCGGUAGUCGUGGCGGUCAGAGGAACGCUGUCGCUGAAGGAUGUGAUAACGGACCUGUCGGCUGAGUGUGAGAACCUGCCCAUAGAGGGAGUGUCUGGAGCCUGCUAUGCUCACAAGGGCAUGUGCCAGGCUGCUGAUUACAUCUACAAGAAGCUCAUGAACGAUGGCAUCCUGAACCAGGCGUUCUCCGUUGUCCCGGAGUAUAAACUGGUCAUCACUGGUCACAGUCUGGGUGCAGGCACAGCGGCUCUGCUGGCCAUCCUCCUGCACGCGUCCUUCCCCACCCUGCAGUGCUACUCCUUCUCUCCACCAGGGGGCCUCCUGAGUAAGGCGUUAGCGGACUACUCUAAGGACUUCAUAGUGUCCGUGGUGCUGGGAAAGGAUUUAGUUCCCAGACUGAGCAUUCCCAACAUAGAGGAUCUGAAGAGACGGAUCCUUAAAAUAGUGUCAAACUGCAACAAGCCCAAAUACCGCAUCCUGCUACAGGGCUGUUGGUACGAGCUCUUCGGAGGAGACCCGGAUAAUUUCCCCACCGAGAUGGAAAACAGGAGGGAGGAGCAGCUCAGCAGGCCGCUGCUGGGGGAGGAGUCGCUGAUGAUUCGCCAUUCCUCAUCUUACCAGAGCCUGGUGUCCGAUGACUCACCUGCACACUCAGCGCCACACUUGCCUCUCUUCUUGCCUGGACGCAUUCUGCACAUCACCGAGGACGGACCGUCACGGAGAUCCUGUUUUUCUCAGGUUCGCUACCGCGCUGACUGGUCCGAUGAAAUGGUUUUCCGGAGUAUCCUGAUCAGUCCCAGGAUGCUGACGGAUCACAUGCCUGAUGCUGUGCUCCGGGCGCUCAACAAUCUGAGCAGCGAGGGGCCCUACUCCCUUUGCCCGUCGUCAGUGGGCAACAACUCACACAAUACCGUGUGAGAGACUCACUCACUGUGUCUGUUUCCACGUUGCAUCUGAUCCAAGACGGCUUCAGCUACUUCCUUUGAACCCUGAUCUGAAGUUUUCCAUUUUGGCCUGAUAUAUUCCCAAACAUUUGCGUUUGAUUGCACCAGCGAUCGAAGACUGUGGAAUUUGCUUGUUGUGAUUUUUAAGAAUGAGCCUGAUUUGCCAAAAGAGAGCUAUUGGAGCACAAACUAAUUUAUUUAUUUGCACUUUUCCUACAAGAACUUUUCUUUCUUUUCAGUUGGAGUUACUCCAUGAACAACUUGACGCCAUAAUCUUUGAAUGUUUAGUGUGUACAGUAUUCGCCGUGGCAACAGUUGAGCUGUAUUGCUGCUUUUGUGUUCUGUGAGUUUCAUUUUUGAGAGUACUUCAGAGCCGAAAAGCACAUUUCCCUUCAAAUUGUUUAAAGCCACGGUGUUGUUGUGUGGUAGCUGUGCUGUGUAUAUUGUUCUGCAACAUCAGGGUGAACAGUGCCUAUGCAUUAUGGGUAGUUAAACCCAACGCAUGUCUUUACAGACCGGGAAUUCUUUAGUUGACUGCAUUAAGAAUGAACUCAAACAAAAAACGUCCAAAACUUGUGCUUAAAACAUUUUAUUGGAAUUUGUUUUUUUAGUUCAAGUGAAGUUUAUGUAAGUUUUUGCCUGCAUAACUAUUUUACAUCCAUGUAAUGGAUUUAAAACCUUGAUGCAAAUAAAUGUACUUGUGAAGUAA